AUGGCUUCCAUUCGCGUGCUGUCGUUCGAUGCUGAGGGCCGCCCUGUGCGUUUCACCGCUUGGCUAGAUGACCUGCAGCUGUUUCUCCUGAGCGAUAGCAAGGAGCAUGUGUCGCUCUAUGACUACGCGUCUGGUGCUGCGCCUGCCCCUCCUGCCACAGCUGAGCUUAGUGUUCGUUCCCACUGGCAGACUCGUGACGCAGCUGCUCGCCUAGCCAUUCGCAGUCACCUGCCGUUAGCUGAGCUAGAGCAUUUUGGCGACUGCAAAUCCGCUAAGGCCCUGUACGACGCUGUCGUCGCUCGCUACUCCUCGCCUGCCACAGCCGAGCUUAGCCGCCUCAUGCUGCCUUACCUCCUUCCCCGAUCUGUCCGUCCCACCUUCACUACAGUCGCCGAUCUUAUCACCCACCUUCGCACUAGUGAUGCUCGCCUGCGUGCCGCCCUACCCACCGAGUUCUGCGCUAAGAACCCCCCCCCACUGUACUGGACACUCCACUUCAUAGUCACCCGUCUCCCUGACACCCUCCGCUCAGUUCGAGACCACUUCCUUGCUCGCUGUCCCACUGAGCUCACAGUCGCCCUCCUAGAGGAGCACCUGCUCGCGGCCGAAAAGAGCAUUGUAGCUGUCGGUGCUGCUCGUGGCGCUCCUCGCACCCCCAUCUUUGAGGGGUGUUCUCCCUCUCCCCUCGCUCCCUCCUACGCUGCUGCUGCUGCUGUUGACUUCCUUGGUGCUGAGGUGGUGGUGGUGGCGCUGGGGGGGGAGGAGGUGGGGGAGGUGGGGGGGGAGGCGGUGCUGGAGGGAGCGGUGGCGGGAGCGCUGGUGGGAGUGGGGUCGGUGGUGGAGACGGGGGCGGCGGAGGAAGCAGUGGCAGUAGUGGCGGCGGCGGCGGUGGCGGCGGUGGCGGUGGUGGCGGUGGUGGCGGUGCCGGUCGGAGCGGUGGUAGUGGUGGCGGCGGAGGUCGGAGUGGAGGCACUGGCUCGGGCCAGAGCUCCCAGCAGCAGCAGCGUCCCCAGACGACCCAGCAGCUUCACGUGUGGGAGGUUCCACACCCCGUACCGCUGCUUCUCCCUCUCCCGCCUUGACGACGCUUGGCGUGAGGAGAUGGGUGCGGAUGUUGAGCGCCCCCGCUGGGCUGAGCUCAUGAGGGCUGGUGUUGAUGUCUUUGCUCUUGACUAUGAUGCUAUUAUUGCUGCCAUUGCUGUCCCGGCUGGUUUCGAGUCUGCUCUCUCAGGUACAGCACCCACACAGACUCCUCUCUCAGGUACCGCACCGGCUGAGGCCUGUCACACCUUCACCCUUGACUCAGUCCUUGCCCAGUCCACCACUGUCCUCCCUUGUCCGGCGGUUCCGUCUGGCUCGUUGUCGGGUUUCCACCUCCCCUCGUUCUCGACGAACCUGGUGAGCAACGCUGUCCUCCAGGAUCAGUGGGUUGACACCUUUACCCCUGGCGGACAGCGUGUGGCGAUCUGCACGUGCUCCAGGACUGGCCGUCACCUGGCUACGUUCACCCGUCGGCCGGGGUCGAGUCUCUACACACUGACCACUGCGUCUCCCCAGGUAGCUGCUGUCGGUCAGGUGUCUGCGUCAGGUCUGGUGGCCCACGCCUCCCGCGUUCGUGGUCAGGGCGGUGAGCGGUAUUUUUUGCUGGUUGUCGACGACUACUCGCGUUACACCACGGUCUUCCCCUUGCGCACCAAGGGUGAGGUCCCUGCUGUUCUGAUCCCUUGGAUCCGCACGGUUCGUCUCCAGCUCCGCCGCCGUUUCCGGACGGAUCUUCCUGUCCUGCGUCUGCACUCUGACAGAGGUGGUGAGUUUUCCUCCGACCUCUUGAGGACCUUCUGUCAGGCGGAGGGCAUCGAGCAGACCUUCACGCUUCCGGACUCCCCACAGCAGAAUGGGGUUGCUGAGCGUCGCAUUGGCCUGGUCAUGGAGGUCGCUCGUACCUCCUUGGUCCACGCGGCGGCUCCCCAUUUUCUGUGGCCGUUUGCUGUCCGGUACGCCGCGCAUCAGCUCAACCUCUGGCCCCGUGUCUCCUUGCCGGAGACCUCGCCCACACUGCGUUGGACGGGGGAGGUUGGCGAUGCGUCGCGCUUCCGGGUGUGGGGUGCUCGUGCCCUUGUCCGCGAUACGUCUGCGGACAAGCUCUCCUCCCGCACGCUUCCCUGUGUCUUCCUUGGCUUUGUCCCUGACGCGCCUGGCUGGCAGUUUUACCACCCCACCUCGCGCCGGGUCUUCGCCUCUCAGGAUGUCACCUUUGACGAGUCGGUCCCCUUUUACCGUCUCUUCCCCUACCGCACUGCCCCCCUCCCUCCCCCGCCGCUUUUCCUUGCUCCUGGUCCCCCUCCGGUAGACCCCCUUCCCCCUCAGGGUCCUGCUCCUUCAGGUGUCUCUCAGGUAGACCCUCCUCCCGUCGCUGAGCCUGUCGAGUCACA